UUUUUUGGUCAAACGGAAAUUUCCUCUCUUUCACCUGCGUACGUACUAUGUCGAUACUACUUUAUUGGCGGCAAAUUAAACCCUUUCUGAAAUAGCCAUCAGAGGGUUUUGAGCAGCUGAUUAAGAUCAAGAAACCCACAUGGAGAAGCCCAACAAGAAGCAAGUGCUUUUGUUCCACUGCGUGGAGUCUGAAGAUCUUGCUGGCAAAGUAGCCGCUCAAUCCGACCUUAUUCAGCUUCAAUCCAUCAACUGGAGGAGUUUUGAUGAUGGAUUUCCAAAUCUCUUCAUAAACAAUGCUCAAGACAUUCGAGGGCACCAUGUUGCCUUUCUAGCAUCUUUUAGCUCCCCGGGAGUCAUCUUUGAACAGCUUUCUGUCAUAUUUGCACUGCCCCGCUUGUUUGUUGCUUCUUUUACAUUGGUAUUACCAUUCUUUCCAACUGGUUCAUUCGAGCGUAUGGAAGAGGAAGGUGACGUGGCGACUGCAUUUACCAUGGCAAGGAUUUUAUCAAAUAUUCCCAUUUCAAGGGGUGGUCCAACAAGUUUAGUUAUCUAUGACAUACAUGCAUUGCAGGAAAGAUUCUAUUUCAGUGACCAUGUUCUGCCUUGUUUUGAAACUGGUAUUCCCUUAUUGAAACAACGCCUUCAACAGCUUCCUGAUUCUGAUAAAGCAAUAGUUGCUUUUCCAGACGAUGGAGCUUGGAAGCGCUUCCACAAGCAACUGGAUCACUUUCCCAUGGUGGUUUGUGCAAAAGUUCGGGAAGGCGAUAAACGAAUAGUUCGGCUCAAAGAGGGUAAUCCUGCUGGUUUUCAUGUUGUCAUUGUUGACGAUUUGGUGCAAUCUGGAGGUACACUAAUCGAGUGCCAGAAAGUUUUGGCAGCCCAUGGUGCAUCAAAGGUGAGUGCUUAUGUAACCCAUGGUGUAUUUCCUAAGCGAUCAUGGGAGCGGUUUGUUCACAAGAACGAGGCUGAAUCAGAGAAGGCCUUCGCCUACUUUUGGAUCACGGACUCAUGCCCUCAAACUGUGAAAGCCAUAGCAAAUAAGGCACCUUUUGAAGUUUUGAGCCUUGCCGGAUCGAUUGCAGAUGCUCUUCAAAUCUAAAAUGCUUUUGAAGGGGAUUGAAUCAGACAAAAGAAUGGCUGCCGCAGCCUUCAAUAAGGUCCAAAGGAAUGCUCCAUUGUAUUUUGAGACAGCUUUUGUUGCUGUCAUAUUUAUCCUGACAUUCGAUUGAACUAACGCAUAGGCUUGCCGUGUGUUUUAUUAUGGUUUCCAAACGUUGUACAUCUCUAGUCGUGUUUCUAGUUAGCUAUUUGCAGGCAACGUUACGUGAUUCCGGCGUUGAAGAAAAUGGAAAUCAUAUUCCGCUCAAACUUGAGACAAGACUGACUAAAGUUGUAUGAGAUUCCAAAUUUGUUAAGCAGCA